ACUACCUCCACCUGCAGAGCCACAGAGCUCAGAGCAGGAGACCAGGAGAUGAAGAUGGAUCCGCUCUGACCUGACCCCCUCUCACUGUUUCCCACAAUGCACCUGUGCAUCCAGAUGGUGAUCUGGGGCUAACAGCUAGCAGGCUAAUGAGCGGCUAACCUAAGGAGACAUGAGGGAAUAAUGAAAAGCUGGUCAACGUGUUACUGAACAUGAUGUGUUUGAACAUGACGCUAACGUGUAAACCCGUGACGGGCUAGCGGGUUAGCGGGUUAGCAUGUGAGCUACUUCUGAACAUUUUUACGUAAUGUUUUAAACUUUUAUGUCAUGUUGAUGUAGCUGUGAAAGUUUAUCUCCUCCAAAUCUAGUAGCCACAGAGGCUAACAGUUAGCACCCUACAGGAAACCAGAGGGGGCUGUUCACACCUGAAUCUCUGUGACACCUGGUGGCUGCUGCUGGAACUGCAGCUUCAACCAGGUGACGUUCCUGAUUGGUCCUGAUUGGACAAACUGAACUUUAUGUAAAUGAGGAGCAUUUUUCUGUUUUUUUUUUAUUAAACUCUGUUAAUAAUGAGUGUGUUUUUCUUGUUGACUGAUGGUUGUUUUCAGCUUUUUGCUCAAAUUAAAAGAAACACAAUGAAUAAAACUGAAGAAAUAGAUGGAUUUAUAAAUGAAUAAAUGUCUUAGAUGAGGUCUCAUCUCCCUGAAGCUCUGUCUCUGUCUGAGCCCAUGAAUCCUGGUGGUUUCGUCCUGGAAUAUGGAAUAAAACUGGAUGAAGAACCUGCUUCAGUGUAUUCAGGGAGUCAGCUGAUCUCAUUCUUCUCGGUGUAGGGUUACGGCGGUGGGCGGGGCCUGGAGGUGUCGCGUUACAUCGGUGGGCGUGGCCUGGUGGUUCUCAAAAUGGCUGCGCCCUGCUCGGAUCAACAGGUCUGAAGGUGUCCAUCAUGUCCAUGAUGUCCAAGGAGGGGAGCAUCACUGAGCUGCUGCUCUCAUUGGACAGUUCAGAAGUGGAAGAGGCGGAGCUAGUGAGAGCAGCAGUCAACCAGCAGCUGAGCUCAGUUGUCCUCCCAGACAGAGGAGGUGCUGUCUUGUCCUCUUUGGUGGACUAUUACCUGGACUCCUCGUCCUCUCAGGCUCUGCUCCUCUUGUCCUCCAUCAGGGAGCCUCAGCACAAGCCCCUCCUGGAGAAGCUGAAUGAGUCUCUGAGUAGAGCAGGGACCAGGCUGGCGGGUCUCACGCUGCUGGGUCACCUGACCAGGAAGCAGCCGCCGUGGGUUCAUCACAUCAGUCGCUCAGCGCUGCUGCCGUCACUGCUGCGCUGCCUCAAGACGGACGGGGACGUGGUCGUCCUGAUCACUGGAGUUCUGGUCCUCAUCACUCUAUUACCCAUGAUCCCUCAGGCUGGGAAGCAGCACAUCUACGACUUCUUUGACGUGUUUGGACGUCUGGCGUCCUGGACCCACAAAACUCCUGGUCAUGUGCCCGUGAUCCACCUGGUCCACCUCCAUGCAGGUGUUUACUCUCUGUUCCACCGGCUCUAUGGGAUGUUCCCCUGUAACUUCAUCUCCUACCUGAGGCUCCACUACAGCAUGAAGGAGAACCUGGACACCUUCCAGGAGGUGGUCAAGCCGAUGCUGGAACAUGUUCGGGUUCACCCAGAGCUGGUAACAGGGACUCAGGACUACGAGCUGGACCCGUCCAGGUGGAGGUGUUACGAAGUCCAUGACAUCGUGAUCGAGUGCUCCAGGGUGUCUCUGGAUCCUCUGGAGUCCUCCUGUGAGGAUGACGUCUACUCCUCCCCCACCUCCUCCUCCCCCAGACCUCCCCCGCUGUCCUCCCCCCUCCCUUACCUGAACCUCACCUCCAGCCCCCCCCUCACAGAGAGGGCCAGCAGCUCAGGAAGUCCUUCCCUGAGUGGACAGUCUCACCUGGACUCCUCCUACAUCCAGGUUGAUGAUGUCAAAUGGAGCCCCUCCUCCCACUGUGGUUUGUCAACACCCCCUCCCGAACCUGCCUCCUCCGACUCCGCCCCCCCUCUGGCCAGGUGCUCCUCCCUCUCAGGGGAGGUGAAGCCAGGACCUCAGGUGGAGCAGCGGGAGGAGUCUGUGUCGUCCUUUCAGCCAAUCACAGAGCGAGAGCAGAGUGAUGUCAUCAUCGACAGUGAAGAGAUUAAACCUGAGUCCCAGGCUCCUCCCACUCCCUCCCCCCCCCCUCGGCCUCCCCUCCUCUUCACCUCCACUCCAUCUACAGGCCUCCCCCCUCCCCUUCACCCCCCUACCCACAGGUCAGAGGAGGGAGGCUCCGCCCAGUCUGACAGUAGCUCCGCCCCUCCGUAUGAGCCUCUGUUUGAACUAGCUCUGCCUCGAGCCGCCACGCUGCUCAUCGGGAAGAAGACGCAGGAGGUGCUGGAGAGAACCUCAGGGGAGAAGGAGGAGGAGAGGGAGGCGAAGGAGGAGCAGAUCUCCAUGUCUCCUCUGAAGGUUCUGGAUCAGCUGAUCAUUCACGGACACGACGUCCACGAACGCCUCAGCAGGAGGUUUUCAUCUGGCAGCAGGUCAGUGGAUCGGAGUCAAUGUGGAGGUAAACAGCAGAGCAUGAAAACCAAAGGCCCCGCCCAGGGGGAGGAGCUCCAGUCUCUGAGGAGUCAGCUGUUGCUGGUCCACAGUCAGCUGCAGUACGAGCGCUUCAAGCGGCAGCAGCACGCCGUGAGGAACCGACGCCUCCUUCGCCGAGUCAUCAACGCCACGGCACUGGAGGAGCACGCCGUCGCCAUGAGGGCUCAGCUUGGGGUCCUGGAUGAGGAGAUCCGGAGUCUGAAGAUGAGUCUGGAGGAGGAGCAGCGUCGAUACCACUUCCUGCAGAAAGACGCCACCACACACACCGACACACUACACACACACAUCGCACAACUGCUGCUGCAACACCAGGACGAGCAGACACACAACCAGAGGCUGCAGACUGAGCUGCUGGAGAGUCAGAGCAAGGUGAAGGAUCUGGAGGCGGAGCUUCAGAGAGCCAAUAACAAGGCUUACAGCGUGGAACGCCAGCUCACCCAGCUGUCACUCAAACUGUGUAGCAGUGAACAGUUGCAGCAACAGAUGUUCCUGCUGAACCAGCAACUCGUCCUCCUGAAAGAAACCAACCGAGCUCUGACAGAACAGCUGGAGGGGGGGGAGACGCACAGCUGGACGGAGGCGUCCAUGCUGCAGUGCAGCGUGGGUAAGGAGUACCAGAGGCUGAAGGACAGCGACGUCCAGCACAGACAGAAGCUGGAAGCAGCCAAUCACAGGAUAGCAGAGCUGGAGAACCAGCUGGCCAAGAGGGACCAGCUGGUCCUGGAUCAGAAGAAGCUCCUGGAGGAAACCAAGAACCACAGCAGGGCCGAGCUGUCGGCGUCCGACAGUCGCUGCAUCGCUCUGAGGAGAAUCGUUCAGACGCUGCAGACAGAGAUGCUUCACCUGUACAGUCAGGUCCACCUGGAGGAGUCCGUCUCCAGCAGGUCAAAUGGCGGCGGCGUGGACGCCCACAGGCCCCGCCUCUCCUCUUCUGCUGUCAACAUUAUUAAUGGAGCGGUGGAGGCGCUCUCCACCUCCCCCCUGCUCCUCACCUCCUCCUCCCCCCUCUCCCUCUCCCCCAUCGAGUCCCCUCUGGCCGUCGGCUCCUUCCUGGAGCAACGGUCACGGCAGCUGUUCAACCCGACCAGUCAGAGCCAGGAGGAGGAGGAGCAGGAGGAGGAGAAGGAGGAGAAAGAGGAGAAAGAAGAGGAGGAGGAGGCCCAGCCUGGGAGCCCUCCUCUGGGUCAGGAGGUGGAGGAGGCUGCCCUCAUAGAGCCACCUAGUCAGGCCUCUGCUCCUCCUCCUCCUGCUCCUGCUGCUCCUCCUGACCUGACACUCGCCGUUCGUCAGAGGAGACACGAGCUGAGCAUCAUGGACUACGACGAGACACUACCUGAGUUCUGAUGGAGGCGGAGGAGGAGGAGGAGGAGGAGGAGGAGGAGGAGGAGGAUCCAUGUGAUGAGUCAGAAUCGUAAAGUUUGAGGGUUUGAAACCAAAGUGCUUGUUUCUCCAGACAUCAGGUUCCUCAGGGUUCUAACAUUCUCAGUGAAGCUUUUUCACCCCUAGAGUUUUAUCGUGGGCGUCAGAAAACUGUUUUACUUUUGUGGAAUGUUUCAAGUCCAUAUUAUUAUUGAUCGGCCCUGACGCUUCCACACUUUAUGCUAAGCUAGGCUAACAAACCCAAGCGUCAGACCUCAACCUCCACGUCUGGUGAAAACAUGGAAUCCAAAGAACCCUAACCCUGAAAGGAUGUGGUGUUAAAUAGAUACGAAUUUAAACGGUGAUCGUUUUUUGUUUUGGAAAUGUCAGAAGAAAGGGACAAAAAUUAAGACGUUCAUUCAGAGCCAACGUCUGAUCAGCUGACUACGCUCAGGUCUAAAUCACUACAAUGUUAGCUUCACUGACGCCACGUUAGCUUAACCGACGUCACAUUAGCUUCACUGACGCCACGUUAGCUUAACCAACAACACAUUAGCUUCACUGAGGCCACAUUAGCUUAACCAACAUCACAUUAGCUUCACUGAGGCCACGUUAGCUUAACCGUCGUCAUGUUAGCUUCUCUCUGUCUGAUUGAUAGGAUGCAAACAUAGCAGCAGCCAUUUAUGUUUUCGUUGAUCACUUGAUUGAUUAAUCAAUCAUUUCAUCAUCAGUUCAUCAACUCUGUGAUGUCACUGAUCAGAUGAAUCCUUUAACCACGACCAUGUGGACGUUUCCUUGUCUGUGUGGUUGAUUGAUGGGUUGAUUGAUGGGUUGAUUGAUGGGUUGAUUGAUGGGUUGAUUGAUGAGUCUGCGAAACCUCAGUAAACUGUGAAACCUGAGCUGACGCCAUCACUCGUCCAUCCACCAGUUCUCAGUCUGAGACUAGGAUUCAUUAAGUACUGACCUGAGACGACUCACUGAUGAAGGACAAACCAAAGACUUCCUGUUGUCCUCUGAGUCUCAACACCCGUCACCCAGUCCCUGUCGCCAGCCUGGAGAGACGAUGUUAACGCUACAAAUAAAGAAUCUGUCAAACUCUCA